UCGUCCGUCGGCGUCAUCCGCCGGAAUUUUAUUGUUAACCUAAAGGCGUUAUAUUUUGACACGAGAUAUUUAUUGACGAUUAAAAUGGAAGGAAUUGAAGUACCACCUGUCCCUAAAAGAGUGCUCCCUCCCAAAGAAGAAAAGGAGAAAGAGAGUGACAGUAAAAUUUGUAUUGAAGCCAAUCCAGACCCCAGUGCCCCAAUUCAAAACAAGGGUAUUUUAACAUCUUUUGUGAAUGGCAAGAAGAUGGCUAUUCCUGAACAAGAUUUGUUUGGUCGAUGUAGGUUUGUGUCGGAAUUUGAGAAAUUGAACAGGAUUGGUGAAGGCACGUACGGCAUUGUUUAUCGAGCUCUGGAUACGAAGAAUGAUUGUGUUGUUGCUUUGAAGAAAGUACGAAUGGAACAUGAGAAAGAUGGACUGCCUGUGAGCGGACUCAGGGAAAUAUCUGUCCUCUUGAGCUGUCGACAUGAAAACAUUGUUCAGCUAAAAGAGGUCGUCGUUGGAAAAAGCCUUGAAAGUUCCAGCAUCUUUCUGGCAAUGGAAUACUGUGAACAAGACCUAGCCAGUUUGUUAGACAACAUGAAAGCUCCAUUUUCCGAGUCGCAAGUAAAGUGCAUCAUGAUCCAAGUACUUAGAGGGUUGCGUUAUUUGCACAAGAACUUCAUUGUACACCGCGACCUCAAAGUGUCCAACCUGCUGAUGACUGACAAGGGAUGCGUCAAAAUAGCUGAUUUUGGCCUGGCCAGAUGGUUCGGUCUGCCGGUGCGUCCGAUGACACCGAGAGUUGUAACAUUGUGGUACAGAGCUCCUGAGUUAUUGCUGCAAGCAACCACACAGACGACGAGUGUAGAUAUGUGGGCAGCUGGCUGUAUACUAGGGGAAUUGUUGGAUCACAGGCCCUUGCUGCCGGGCAGGUCAGAGAUUGGCCAGUUGGAGUUGAUCGUAGACCUGCUAGGCACUCCCAGUGACGCUAUCUGGCCUGAGUUCUCCUCACUACCUGCCCUUGCUACCUUCACCCUGAAGCAACAACCCUACAACAACUUGAAACAGCGGUUCCCAUGGCUCACACCGGCUGGGCUGCGUUUGCUCAACUUUCUGUUCAUGUACGACCCGAAGAAACGGGCGACUGCGGAGGAGUGUCUUCAGAGUUCGUACUUCAAAGAAGCACCUCUUCCUUGUGAACCGAAGAUGAUGCCGACGUAUCCACAACACCGGAAUUUGAAAGCUGCAAAUGCAAAGAACCCUUCUAACGUAAACCCACCACCUCCUCCUGUUGUAAGUGCGAUGGACAUGGAGCCAACCAGCAAUUUGAGUGAUCUUAUUAACUUGGGCAAUCUAGUUAAGAGGAGAAAGAUUGAAUAGUUUGUGGCUACUAAUCAUUUCAACAAGUGUAAAUAAGUGUUUAUGUAUGACAUGUGUUAUGAAAAACAGUUUGCUGUACCAAUUUUAGUUUUAAUUAUUUCUAAUAAACUCUUUGUAUUCAA